AUGUUAUGCUCUGCUUCGGUCGCGAGAAAUUGGCUUCCCGCCUGGAAAAAUCUCAAUGCGAUAAAGCCCAGCCAGCCAGCCCGCCCUACGAAAGGCGGGACGAGGCGGCGGCGGAGGGGUAACUUGGACCCCGCCGAGGUACCGAUGUACCUGACGGCGCCAGGUAAGGCAAGCCACCUACAUCCAUCCACCUCAUCCCAUCGUGGCCCACCUCAGUCAUCAGUCAUUCAACCUACAGUCCAGGAGGAAGCCCGCGCAAGCCACAACCUCCUUCCUUUGCUCCUCAAGCUGUGUCGUGUUAGUGCAAUGAUCUCAGAGGGCGAGAAUAACCGAUGGCUUACAGCUUCAGCUACCUCUAAGUGCUUUAGCCACUUGACCUUAGCUUCAUGUCUGUAUAAACCACAAUUUCACCUUCCUAACAAGACGGACGCUCAUCAUCAGACGGAAUCCCACGCCACGGCCAUUUCCGAACAUUCAAUAAAAACAUGCCAUGGAACUCAGAGCAAGAGAAAAAAACACUCACAUGCCUCUCUCUCGACGGCGGAGCCCUCUCUGCAUGAAGCAACCCACACACCUUCCCACCGAAACGUCACAUCCCCGCAGGACCCGCAUCAGCAAAUCACAGGUCAAGAUCCAGUCAUCCCGGGGCGGCCAACAUCCAGAACUGCAGUGCACACGCAGUUACGGUUGUCCUCGGUAUCCUUUUCCUGGACUUCCCUCUCCUCCUGA